CCCGCCCUGUACAUGCCCAUUUUUAACCAUAAAUAGUCAAUGCAAAUCACUGCGCGGGCACGAGAGUGGACCUCGUUAUAAUGAGUUUCCUCUGUGCUCUGCGGGUUUAAAAAUGGGUUAAGGAGCCAGCAUCUCAGGGGGUAGCCACUGUCGCCUGCAGGUUAUUAUUAUAUUAAAAGCAACGUUGUUAUAAUUAUAUUAAAAACAAAAUUGUUACAGUUUCUACUUUUUAAUAUUGUUAAACUCACCAAGAAGCCAGGAAUCACGUACUGCGCCUGCAUUUAGUCUGUUCCCUGCACUGUUAUGUGUCAAGAUAAAGGAAUCAUGUGUUGAACCAGGCCAGCGUGCCACAAUGUUUGUGAGGGUCAUGUUGGAGUCACAUAUGAUUGCACAUUAAUAGAAUGCACAUGCUUUCUAUUAACAUAAGCAAAUUCAUUUUCAGAUGGUGCCCUUAUAGCAACAUGAGCGCAGUCAAUUGCGCAGAUUACAUUUGGGAAGCCAGACAUUGUUGCAAAUUGCAUUUUAAUUUCGGCCUGUUCUCGCACAGUGUAGGGGAACCUGACGUAUCGACUACCCAUAUUAAGUAUACCAUUCAAAACGACAGAUAUUAUGGCACUCAGGGACGGCUGUGAUAUACCAGACCUAUAGGGUGAGAUGAUAGAUUACAAUAGAAUUAUUUCAUAUACAAAAAGGUCUUAGACACAAAGUUGAGGAUAGUUUUUUAUAUAAAUAAUUUACCUGUCUGCCAAUUCCCGCUGGAAACAGCCGGUUGCCAAGAACCCCAGAGUGUUGAGGACUUGUAUUUGGACUGGGAUGGCAUGGUUCCGGCGUGUUGCCCUCUCUAAUACUGGACCCAAUUCAACACAGAGAUCUAAGAGCACAGCUCUAGGGAAUCUAAAUCGGCUUAUUAGCCAGUCAUCAUAAUGGGCCAGUCAUCAUCAUGGUCCCUGAAAACUCGUUCUCUCCUUAUUCGGCCAUUGGCGUAUUCCUUCAACAGUGCCAGCAGUGCCAUCAUGAAGCAUUACAUACCCGGGUCACCGGAGGAUUUAUAUGUUUCUAGCAAUUAGACUGACAAAAUCACAGAAUUAAUUUGUGGGCGAAAAUUUAAGACGUGAACACAUUAGUGUUAUAGUGAACACAUGCUUCUUCAUGACGGUUUUGUAAUGAACACCGUAAUAAUGAACACAGGAUUUGUUAAUGUGUUUUCGGAUUUGUUAAUGUGUUUUGGGAUUUGUUAAUUUGUUUUGGGAUUUGUUAAUUUGUUUUCGGAUUUGUAAUGUGUUUUGCACUUCUCGGCCACCAUAAUUUCUACUUACGCUAGAAUUGUUUGACUAGAUUGUUUGAAGGAGAUUUUGUUUGUAAUUUUCUUUUCUUUUACCUUACAUAUAUUACACACAUCUAUUUGUAUUACACUACUUUUAAUAAAAACAAUGCCUCCCAUUGUGAGGAUCCUGAAAAGACAAAAAGGUCUAAGUAUGACUCCUUCAUCUAAAGAUUCAAUCAAUAGAAUAGGUAGAAGAUCUUGGAGCAGAACCUUUGUUAGAACACUGAGGGACUUCGAAGGAUACCUGCGUUCAAGGUAAGAGCAACUCUAAUUGUUGAUCUUGUGGUUUCAAUACUAACCCGUGCAAACUAGGACACAUCUUUUAGUGGGAUUGUGGAAGGGUUUCCUACGCAAUCCGAAAACAUGUCACGUAUGUUUUCAAAAGGUCAUGUAUGUCAGUAUUACUUAUAUUACUUGACUAUGAGUGUUGUGUAGUGCGCCAUCCUAACAAAAAGUGUAACUCCAUCUUGUUAUUUGUGGACUAUCCAGAAAACAGUGCCCAACACAGGUCGUGUGGUUACCAUGGAGACAAACACAGAGCCUGCUAUUGGCACGUUCACGAGCUGCGCAUGAAUAACAUAUUAAAGGGAUAGUGAACAACAAGCUUCACUAUACACAGAUACAGUACAUGCAAACUGACCAGACUGAGCGCCAUCAAAUCCCACCAUGUACAUUCAAUUUUGUAAUUUCGGGCCUUACGUGGAUGUGAAAGUGCCUGCGGAUUCCAAGGAUGAACUGACCACAGAUAUUUACAGGAGAGUUCGUCUGUACAAGAGGAUUUCCGCUGUUUUCAUCGUUUUCUCUUUGUUCUUGGUGGUUGUGGUUCUUUCUCUGGCUGUGGAGUUAAAUGUGAAGUGUCCAGAGAGUGCUGAACCUAAUUGUGAACUAUGUCAGACCAUGUGUCCUCCACUAAAGGGCAUCCGAGAGUGUCAGCGCUCUGAGUGCGAGGAAGAUUGGGAGAUGUUUGAGAACUCUUGUUACUUCUUUUCUGAUGAGCGUCUAAAGUGGCAGGAGAGCAGGGAGGCAUGUCAGAAACUUGGUGGAGACCUGGUUGUUAUUGACAAUGAACGUGUGCAGAAGUUUCUAACUGAGAAUUGGAGAAUGCUGUACUGGAUUGGUCUACGUUAUUCAGAAAAGAAGCAAUGGAUGUGGAUUAACAAUACUGCACCAACCCAGAGCUACUGGAUACAAGGCCAGCCAAAUCCCGACACUCAAGGCUCCUGUGCAUUGCUAAGUGGAGGGACGUCAGAUCUGAACAACUGGCUUUCAAACCACUGUGAGGUGUAUUCACAUUUUAUCUGCCAAAGUGGCUAAAAUUGGAGAAUGUCAACCACCUUCACAUUCAUCUGCAACAUUUAGCUUUAAUGACAUAAUUUUACUCUUUUGUGUGUUAUGUGAAAUGCAGUUCAUAUAUAGCAACAACUAUAGAAAUAGUACAUGAAACAAUCCUGUUCUGUGAUGCACAAUCAAGUAGAUACAGUAUGCUACGUACUUUGAAUGACUGAGACAAUAAGACUUGUUAAGUGCUUGCGCAAACUGACUCUCUGCUGAUUUUUAGUACUUAAACAUUUACUUGUAGGUUUUAGUAACUUUAAUGUACUUUGCACUAAUUUCUAUGACAUUAUUCUCACUAAAACAUGCAGAAGGUAUUAUAGACCUUAAUAUAUAGCCAAGUACAGUAUCAGCUUUUAAAAUGCAUUGUGAGAUGUCAUUAAGUAUAAGUAGUGAACAAGUAGAGAUGCCUUUACAGUAGAUCAAUUAAACAUUCCUACUACAUUUUGUCCUUUGUAAUGCAGCCGAAACAUUCGCCGUCAUGUGAUGACUGAAACAAUAAAAUAACAAUAUGAUUACAUUGAACAGAA